AUGCCUGAAAUUGUCGUGGUCGGUGCCGGAGUCGUAGGCCUUACUUCGGCCUUACUGCUGGCCAAGGAGAAGGGAAAUAAUGUGACUGUUGUCGCAAAGCACAUGCCCGGAGACUAUGAUAUUCAGUACACCUCUCCGUGGGCCGGAGCCAACUACUUGCCCAUGUCGACACAGGAGAAUAGCCGUUGGGAGAGGAGAACAUGGCCUGAGCUUAAGAGACUAGCCGCAGAAGUCCCCGAGGCCGGCAUACACUUUCAGACGGCCCUCGUCAUGCGCAACGCCAAAGACCUAGAACCAGGUAAUGAUGCCAAGAAUGGUCUUGGAGACGCGCUCUUUGAUGAGAACCCAUGGUAUACCACCUUUCUCGAUUACCGCAAGAUGAAGCCAGGGGAGUUGCCUCCGGGAAUGGCUUACGGACACGAGUUCGGUUCAGUCUGCAUCAACACGGCAAUCUAUCUGCCCUGGCUUGUCGGCCAAUGCCGCAAGCGUGGCGUGGUCCUGAAGCGGGCCUCGUUAAACCAUAUCUCUGAGGCGUCGUCACUUGGCCACUCCGGAAAAGCCGAUAUCAUCGUCAACUGCACAGGCCUGAUGGCGAGUAAGCUCGGCGGCGUGAUGGACUCGAAGGUGAUGCCAGCCAGGGGCCAAAUCGUGGUGGUGAGAAAUGUAAGCCCACAAAUGAUCGCCACAUCCAGCACGGAGGACUCGCCGGACGAGCUGAUCUACGCGAUGACGAGGGCUGCCGGUGGUGGAACGAUACUGGGUGGAACAUACCAGAAGGGGAACUGGGACCCGAAUCCAGACCCGAACAUUGCUGCGAGGAUCAUGCAGCGGGCGGUGGAUUUGUACCCGGACAUCGCUGGUGGGAAGGGUGUGAAGGGACUGGACAUUAUCCGCCAUGGAGUUGGGUUGAGACCGUAUCGGGAGGGAGGAGUGAGGCUCGAGAAAGAGAAGAUUGAUGGGACAUGGGUUGUUCACAACUAUGGCCACGCAGGUUGGGGCUACCAGGGUUCUUAUGGAACUGCCGAGCGAGUGGUUGAAUUGGUUGGUGAGAUACAGGGCAAGAAGACCCCUCUUGCUCAAGAGAAGAGCAAGCUGUAA